CUUAAACUUAUCUGUCAUCAUCGCUUUGCAAAUUUCUAAAUUUGAGAAAGGAACAAAUUAUUUGAGCAGAUCCUUUUAAUAUUUUAUUUGAAUUUUGUGUCCAAAAAUGAAUAUGCACGGAAUGCCUCAACCUGGAAUGGGUGGACAAAUGAUGCCCGCUGGAGUAUCACCAGUAAUGAUGCAACAAGCUUCACCACAACAAGCUCAGCAAAUGCAAGGCGUCAUGGCUCCACAACAGAUGCAGCAAGCAAAUCCUCAACAGCAACAACAGCAGCAGCAGCAACAACAAGCCGAGAAAAUUGACAAUAUAUCGAAAGUCAAGAGCCUCUUCGGUCCUUUGAGGGAAUCACUAUCACUUACGUUCAAGCAUGGAGCUGUAUCACUACAACAGAACAAUUUGGCGGAUACACUUAAGAGAGACACCAGCAACCCAGCACGAUUUGACAAACAUCUUGAAGAUUUCUACUCUUACUGUGAUCAAAUAGAAUUGCAUCUUAAAACAGCUAUUCAGUGUGUUCAGCAACUAUCUUCGGCUCAGCACUAUCUCCCGGGAGCAGUAACUGCUGUCCGAGUUGAUCCCUGCAUGCCCCCAGACAAUACCAAUGGCCCUAUGUCUUACCCUCAGUACUUAACAACGGUUCGUGGUCACGUUCAAUCUGCCAAGGAUAUUCAUGAUACACUCAUUAGCGCAGCCCAAAAUAUUUCGCCGAGUGACUGAUAAAAGUAGACCGUCUAACUCUUACUAGAUUUAGACACAAUGUACAUGUAUUUUUUUUUUUUUUUUUGAGAGUUUAUUAAAAAACUAAUUAUUCUCA